CUGGGGACCUUGAGAUCACGGUCACCAAUGAGACACCGCCCAAUUCAGUUGAGUGUCGUUCAGGGGAUUGAAGACGAAUUUGCCGUUGCUGUGUAUGAAUCGCACGCAGAUGCAGCAUUGGAAGCUGGUGACUUUGAAGAGUUCCAUCAGUGCCAGAGUCAGUUGCUGCGCCUCUAUAAAGAAGGUGCUCCUUCCUCAAGAUUGCUGGAGUUUACCGCUUAUAGGUUACUAUAUUAUAUGUUUACUCUUGAUCUUUUAGGUAUCAACACGAUCAUGGCUGGUCUGCGACCAACUCACAAAUCGAAUCCAUGUAUUCGUUUUGCUUUAGAGCUUCGUUCGGCGUGGUCCCUUAACAAUUACCAGCGGUUUUUCCGGCUUCCACCAAUGCGUUGUGCACAAGUCGUUCACUGGUUCCUCGACCGGGAACGAAAGGAAGCUGUUAAGACCUAUUUAAAAGUGUUUCCAAUUGAGUAUGAGUUCCAAUCCUUUCGACAGUCCAUAUUGGAAUUUUUUUUACAUGUAACGGAUACAUUUCAUGGAGUGAUUGAGAAGUGUUCAGUGUUAAGCGUUCUACUUUUGCGAUCACCUCCCAUUUUUUGA